AUGUAUCGGCAGAUUAUGGUAAAUGAACAAGACCAGCGUUAUCAAAAAAUUAUUUGGAGAGAGUUACCGGAACAACCUUUGCAAUCAUACCAACUUUGCACAGUUACAUAUGGCACCAAGUCUGCACCAUUUUUAGCAAUGAUGACGUUAAAACAGCUAGCAGAAGACGAACAAGCCACCUACCCGGAAGCAUCAUUGGUUUUAAAAGAGGCUUUUUAUAUGGACGAUCUCGUCCAUGGAGCUCACAGCAUUCAGCAAGGUAGAAAGUUGUUUAAAGACUUAAACAGAUUAUUACAAUUAGGAGGAUUCACAUUGAGAAAAUGGGCGUCGAAUAGCAAUGAACUGUUUCAUACCUUAGAAAAAAGUCAGAUCAAAGAAGAAAACAUAAUUUUUAAUUUUAAAACUGAACACGCAACAAAGACGCUCGGACUCUGCUGGUUAAGCAACAGGGACACCUUUACUUUCUGCUGUAACAUGUCUAUUCAGGAAAUUAAGCCCACAAAAAGAUGUUUGCUUUCCGAAAUUUCAAAAUUAUACGACCCAUUAGGCUGGUUGGCACCUAUUUCAACAAAAUUAAAAAUAUUAUUUCAAAAUGUAUGGAAGUUAAAUAUUUCUUGGGAUGAAAAAAUACCAGAAAACAUACAACAAGAAUGGCGGAAAAUUCGAAGCGAUAUGAAUGAUAUUCAAGAAUUUGAGAUCCCUCGAUGGAUAGGGUGUAAGGAAAAUGAAGUUUUCGAGUUACAUGGUUUUAGUGACGCAUCCGAACAUGCCUUUGCCUGCGUCGUUUACGCAAGGACAAAAAACCAACCUGAAGCAGUACUUUUAGCGGCCAAAACACGACUCGUACCAAAUAAAAAAGAGAUAUCAUUGCCUAGGUUAGAGUUAAAUGCGGCUCAUUUAUUAUGUAAAUUGAUAAAUAAAAUAAAACAAUGUAUGUGUCAACAUAAAAUCGAGAUAUAUGGAUGGACGGACUCCAUGGUCGUUUUAGGUUGGCUUAAUAGGGAUCCAAGUCGUUGGAAAGCUUUCGUUGCAAACAGAGUUAACUAUAUUACUACAAUUAUAGCUGCAAGCCAUUGGAGUUACGUUAAGUCGAAGGAAAACUCCGCGGAUGCUGCAAGUAGGGGGCUAUACGUAUCACAACUUAAAAACAACCAAUUAUGGUGGCACGGACCCACAUGGCUACAAACAUUUUCUUACCGACCUAAUGAAAAACAAGUUUAUCAAACAAAAGAAGAAAUUCGAUCAAAACAAACAAAUUUUAUACAGAAGGACAUACAUAACAGUAUUAUAUAUACAUUAUUAAAUAAAUUCAGUUCAUUUACAAAAAUAACUCGUAUUGUAGCAUGGAUAUUACGUUUUUUGACACCUAAGCAGAAAGGUAAACAAUGGCCUAGCUACCUUACGAUACGGGAACUAAAGCAUGCAAAAUUAGUUAUUAUUAAACAUGUUCAGGAAAACGAUUUUCAAGUGGAUAUAGAAUAUUUAUAUAAGUACAACACAGUGCAUACGAGUAGCAAAUUACGGAGUUUGAAUCCGGUAUUAAGUGAGGGAAUACUUAAGGUUGGAGGAAGAUUAAAAAACGCCAACAUCCAUUACGAUAUGAUGCACCCUAUAUUAAUACCUCAUAAAAGUAGAUUGACGGAUCUUCUAAUAGAUCAUGCACAUAACAUGACAUUUCACGGUGGUCCUCGACUUACUUUAGGUUGGUUACGUCACAAAUAUUGGAUUGUAGGAGGCAACAGAGCCGUUAAAUUACGUUUACGAAACUGCGUCAAAUGCAGAAAAAACAGUCCCUCUACACAACAUCAAUUAAUGGCUGAUUUACCAGAGUCAAGGGUUAAUCCAGCACCACCCUUUCAACACACAGGCGUUGAUUAUACGGGUUUCGUUGAAAUAAAGUCAAGCAAAGGACGAGGAAUAAAAACUACCAAAGGAUAUAUAGCAGUUUUUGUGUGUAUGGUUACCAAAGCCAUACACUUGGAAUUAGUGUCCGAUUUGAGCACCUCAGCAUUUUUAGCAGCGCUUCGUCGCAUGGCAGCGAGAAGAGGAGCUCCACGUCAUAUCUACAGUGAUAAUGGCUCAAAUUUUGUAGGCGCUAAUAGGAUCUUGCAGGAAGAAUACCAACAACUUCAACACAUAUUUAACAACAACCUUUUGAUGGAGCUUUCAGAGUUGAACAUCGAAUGGCAUUUCAAUGCUCCCUCGUGGCCAAGCGCUGGAGGUUUAUGGGAGAGAGCUGUGCGCAGUUUAAAACAUCACCUGAAGCGUGUGGUUGGUGAUCAAAAGCUAACAUACGAAGAAUACUCGACAGUUUUGAGUCAGAUAGAAGCGUGCUUAAACUCAAGACCCUUGUGUCCGCUAACUGAAAACGUAGAAGAUUUGGAGUUUUUGACACCUGCACAUUUUUUAACAACAAAUGUAGGUUCCACCAUAAUAGAAACGCCCGAAGAUGCCAGGACAAGAUGGCAGCUAACAAAACAAAUAUUUCAAGGUGUGUGGAAAAGGUGGAAAGCGGAAUACCUUACUCAAUUAUCUAGUAGGAGUAAGUGGCUAAGACCGCGACCAAACAUGAAGAUCGGUGAUAUGGUCAUCAUUCAAGACGACAACUUACCACCAGGAAAAUGGGCGAUGGGGCGAGUAGUAGAACUUCACCCAGGUAGCGAUGGACAUGUAAGAGUGGUAACAUUAAAAACAAAAAACGGUAAUCUUAAAAGACCAGUCAGUAAACUGUCAUUACUACCCAUUGAAACAUCAUCACAACAAAAUGAACAGAAAGACAGGUCGAACAACUUUACACAAAAAAUAACCCAUAAACAAGAAAAUAAGCUACAAGGCACCCGCUCCAAAUUCAGCUCUAUUGUUAUGAGUUUAAUGUUUUUUAUAUGUUUAUUUACACCAGCAUUUAGUACAAGCUCAUACAAUAUUACAACUUUUAAUAAUAAUCAGUCAAUUUACUUCGAUCCGAUAGGUAAAAUGCAGAUAAUCCAGGAUAAAUGGACACUUAUUGUGUAUUACAACUUAGAACCUUAUUGGGAAGGAAUUAAAGCAUUUUAA